GCACGUUUUAAAUACCACUAAUCUAUUCCGAAUGCUGCAAUAAUGUUCAAGUUACCUAGAACAUGGUCUACGCUUUUCCUAGUAGUUCAAAUAUUACACAAUGCUUGUUGUGAUAUUAACAUAGAAAAAAAUGUAAAACUUUUAAUGGGAUAUCCUCCUGACUCACUCGCCAACUUUACUGAAUUGGCCACAAAGUAUGGAUACGUCUCCGAAGAGCAUACCGUAAUAACUGAUGAUGGCUACAUAUUGACAAUGUUUAGAAUAACUAAAGGAAGAAAUUGCAACGGACCCAUAAGAAAGCCUCCAGUUCUUCUCAUGCACGGACUGAUCAUGAGCUCCGAUGGGUACCUAGACGCAGGGCCAGAGGCGGGCCUCGGUUAUCUAGUGUCGGACCUCUGCUACGAUCUCUGGCUCCCCAACGUACGAGGGAACUACUACUCGAAACGACACAUCGCACUGGAUCCCGCAAGAGAUAGUGAAUUCUGGGACUUCUCCAACUUGGAGUUUGGGUACUACGAUAUUCCAGCUUUUAUUGACUAUAUUCUGAGUAAAACCAGGUCUAAGAAGCUGAACUACAUCGGAUUCUCGCAGGGUUGCAGCACCUUCUUCAUAAUGAAUGCCGAAAGACCUGAGUACAAUGAGAAAAUUGGUGUGGCGAUACUCCUGGAGCCAAGCUCGAGGCAGACGAACAUGAAGGCGCAAGUGACCAGGCUGCUGCUGGCCACGACCGCUGCCGCGCUGCCAGUGCUGUAUCAGGCCGGUCAGUACGAGGCCUUGCCGCUGGGCGGGAUCGUGCAGGAGAUUGCGGCCUUCAUCUGUAAGGACUACGUUGCAGCAAACACUAUCUGCAGGGUUAUAUUGUCAUUAAUCGAUGCCUCUCACCCCGGCUCCGUAACGACGGAGACUAUGCGCGACCUCUUUGGUCAUUUCCCAGCAGGCACGUCAAUAAAAAACUUCGCCUGGUACGGACAGGGUCUUAGUGUUGACACCUUUCAGAAUUUCGAUUACGGCGUUGAUAAAAACUUGCAAACCUACGGUAGCGUCCAACCACCACCCUACAAUCUCAGUCGAGUGACGGCGCCCGUUGUAAUCAUUAACGGGUACAACGAUGGUCUGGCGACGCCGGCUGACGUCGACUGGGUUACCAGCAAACUACCAAACGUACUGGAACACUUCUAUGUUAAGGAUCCGCUCUGGACUCACUUUGACGUGACGUUUAGUCAAUUUACAGCUAACAGUACAUUACCAAAGAUAACGCAGUAUUUGCGACGUUACAGCACAUAGAUGAUAAAUAAAUUAUUUCGUUAAAAUAUAAA